AGCAAAAAUCUUAUUUUCUUUUUUGUGAUUUGAUUGUUUCCUUUUUUCUUAUUGACAAAAAGCAACAUAAAAUACAAAUUUUUACUCAUAUCAUAGAAUUUACCGGUGAAACCGAAACCCCAAAAUCUAUCGACAUGGACCUAUCGUCAUUGCCCGACCAAAAGUGCUGCAUAUGCGACAAUUCCGUCGAGUCCGAGAAUAGCAAUAUCUUUGAAGUGGUCAGUGGUCACAGUCAAACUCCUGUUCAUUUAUUUAUGGAAAAAUUUCUGGGACACAGCCUGUCUAGUCGAACGGAAACAAAUUUUUCGAAUCAGUUGUGCCAGCAUUGCAUCGAUAAAUUCAACGAAUACGAUUUGGCUGUAGUAACGGCACAAAAAGUUUCUAACGAAAUGCUGGAACGUUACAAUGCAACGAUCACCAAAUAUGACGAAUUCAAAUUGGAAGUGGUAGAACAGGACAAUUGCGUGGAAUUCGACCAGUUGAGUGGUUAUGAUGACGGUGUCAUUGUGAUAAAGGGUGAAAAUGCGGAAGGCUAUGAUGAUUACACGUUCAUGGCAGAUAAUUUGGAUCGUAUGGAGAAGACAAAUGUAGCCAGAAAACGUACACGCAAGAAACUGAAAGUGGAACGUUUGCAAGAGGAUGAUGGUAGUGAACAUUGGGGCUCCGUUGAAGUUGUGGAAAAGAAGUGUCAGCGACUGUUCAAGUGCCAGGAAUGCAAAAUUGAAUUCGAAGACAAGUCACAGUACAGAGAACACAUACGGAGUCAUGACAUGGGCAGUAAAGAGAUGCACGUCUGCGACGUCUGUGGUCAGACAUACAAAUCAAAAACAGCGUUGGCCAUUCAUGUUGACCUGCACAAAGGCGUCAGUCCGCAUAAAUGCGAGGUUUGCGGCAAGAAAUUCACUCAGAAGGGUGCACUAGUCCGACAUAUGCCGAUCCAUACCGGGGAACGUCCCUAUCAGUGUGACAAAUGCGGCAAGCAAUUCAUUCAUUAUUCGUCGUUUCACAUGCACCAAUUGGCCCAUGACAAUAUCAGAGAGAAAAAGUGCUCGAUUUGUGGAUUGGAGCUGCGUUCGAAUUCUCAUCUCACCAGACAUUUACGAGUCCAUUCGGGCGAGAAACCGUAUUCGUGUCCCACCUGUGGUCAGAAAUUUGCGCAGAGAUACAACAUGACCACACACCUAAAAGCCCACCAAGGUAUUCACCGUACUACAAACAAAAUCCAUUCAUGUCCCGUAUGCCCAGUGACAUUCAACAAAUUGCCGAAAUUGGCCGAACACAUGUCCACCGCUCACAAUAUGAAAAUGGAAUUGCCGGCUGCUCGAUCGAAUCGGGUGCAAAUCAAGUCACAGACAUCGAAAAAUAACGCAUCACUCGAUGCGGACGCAAAUUUGGUUUCGUUGGUGUCGGAUGUGGAUUUGGUAUCGAACUAUGCGGGUAAUGUGGGCGACAAUUUCAUUGGCAUCAUGGAAAUCAAGAAUGAAUUUGCCGCCAACGUGCAAUAAACGGAAAUUUUUGAGUUGAGA